AUGAUGAUGGACCUUUUUGAAACUGGCUCCUAUUUCUUCUACUUAGAUGGAGAAAAUGUGACCUUGCAGCCAUUAGAAGUGGCCGAGGGCUCUCCUUUGUAUCCAGGGAGUGAUGGUACCCUGUCCCCCUGCCAGGACCAACUGCCCCAGGAAGCCGGGAGCGACAGCAGUGGAGAGGAACACGUUCUGGCGCCCCCGGGCCUGCAACCUUCCCACUGCCCGGGACAGUGUCUGAUCUGGGCUUGCAAGACUUGCAAGAGAAAAUCUGCUCCCACAGAUCGGCGGAAAGCUGCCACCCUGCGCGAAAGGAGGAGGCUAAAGAAAAUCAACGAGGCCUUUGAGGCCCUGAAGCGUCGGACUGUGGCCAACCCCAACCAGAGGCUGCCCAAGGUAGAGAUUCUGCGGAGCGCCAUCAUCUACAUUGAGCGUCUGCAAGACUUGCUGCACCGGCUGGAUCAGCAAGAGAAGAUGCAGGAGCUGGGGGUGGACCCCUACAGCUACAGACCCAAGCAAGAAAUUCUUGAGGGUGCGGAUUUCCUGCGCACCUGCAGCCCCCAGUGGCCAAGUGUUUCGGAUCAUUCCAGGGGGCUCGUGAUAGCUACUAAGGAAGGAGGAGCAAGCGUGGAUGCCUCAGCCACCAGCAGUCUCCAGUGCCUUUCUUCCAUAGUGGACAGCAUUUCCUCAGAGGAACGCAAACUCCCUAGUGUGGAGGAGGUGGUGGAGAAGUAA